UACAAAUAAUCAGUAAUAUAUUUUUUGUGUUAUUACCAACUAUACAAGUUGUAAGUACGAAGUAUUUUCAAAGCACAUUCUUAAAAUUCUAAGUGUGUGUAACCACAAUAAAAUACAUCUAUUCCAAAGUGUGAAUAUAAACAGUUUAUAAGCUGAUUAAUUUAUCUAGAAUUUAUUCAUUCGAUUUCAUUACAACCUAUUGUACUCAUACCACCACAUUACUAAAUUUUUUUUGUUUUUCGACUAAGUAUGGUUGAAUGAAUAGUGUUAUGCUAAAAAGUGACAAUAAUUAAGAAAUCUAAGUAAUAUACCGUGUAGAAUACCUCUGUAUAGGAAAAAAACGGUAGGAACUAUUGAAAUAGACUUUCCAAUGAUUAAACAGUUUACCAAUUUUUAAAACGAUCUAAAACACUACCGCAUUGUGAGUGUCAUGUUGAUGUUUCUUCUUGAAUAAUUACCUUUUUUUAACAGGAUGGCUGUAAUGUAUGUACUUGAACGAGAAUUCGACAGUGUUGAUAAAAAUUCUGAUGGAUUUCUAAGUAGGGCUGAAAUUAUUGGCUGUUUGGAACGUUUCGGUUUUGAUAAACGUAAAGCUGAAGAAGUUAUUAAACUAUAUGAUGAAGAUAAAGAUGGGAAAAUAUCCAAAAAUGAAUUCAUGAAAGCUACAAAUAAGAAACUUUCACAAACAGAUGUAUCAUGUGCUGCAUUAAAAAAAAUAUUUCGUGAAAUGGAUAAAAAUAAAGAUAAAACUAUUUCAAAGCAAGAAUUAAAAAAUUAUAUGAAAAGUGAUUGUAAUUUUAUAUUUCCUAUACAAGUUGACCAAUGGGUUGAUAAAUAUGAUAAAAAUAAAGAUGGAAGAUUAAAUUAUGAAGAAUUUAUUGAAUUUGUCUCACAAUAUUUAUGAAUAUAAAUAUAUAUAACUUUUUACUUCAGUUCUUACUAAUGAUCAUAUUCAACAAGUACAUUUCAGUGAAUAACAAUGUAGCACUUUUUUUUAAUUUAAUUGAACAAAUUUUUCCAAUUUAGUCAUGUUUUAGUACAUUAAAAAAAAUGAAAAACAAUAAAGGCUCCAUUUAUUUUUUGAAUAUUGAUUUAUUGGGUUGAAAUUGUGAAACAUUUUAGAAAUAUGGUAAUCAUUUUACCCAAACAACAGUACGCAUUACAUGAUAUUGACGAUAUGAUGUAAAUAAGUGGAAGCUGAGAAAUACAUAAAAAAUUGAAUUGUUAGGCAUCGUAAAUAGUCUUUUAACUGAAACAUUAAUAAU